AUGAGGAUACUAUCAGUCAUCUUGCUAAUGCUUUGGAAAGCCACACCAAGCUGUGCUGGAGCCUACACAUACCACAGCGUGUACGACUACGGCCUCUCGACUGACCAGUUGUCCUGGAUUGUAGUGGGCUCCCUGAUAGCGUUCGGAAUAUUUCUGGUUGUGGUCAUCUUUGUGUGUAGACAAUGUGGUUUUUGUGCCUAUCCACACGACACCAGACUCAGUUCUACAGCAGCUGUAGACACGCGCCCAUUUCAUAUAGACGUGGCCGUCAUCGACACGCAAGCAAUAGGCGGUUUCCAACAAGUCCACCACCAGUCGCCAGACGAGGGCGUGUCACCGAAGCUACCCGGACUUCCUCCAUAUGUCCCAGAAUAUGUCCAAAAUGACUCGAUCAAAUCUGCUCCACCACCGUAUACAGUUGAAGCCCAGCCAUGGUGA